AUGGAGAACGACAGCGCUACAGGGCGUAUCUUCAACGAGAGGUUGGCAGAGAAAAUCCCCCGGGCGAUCCCUGAGACAUCAACUCCUAUACCGGGCCAUCUGAUCAUCAAUACCGACUCUGCUGUUCGCAAUGGCGGUGAUCCGCCAACCACACCGGCGCGUAUAAACGGCCAAACAGCAGAAGAAGCCGCCCACUCGCAGCGCUUCGCCUUGCGAACUCUACCUGCCUGGAUUCGAUCUGUCGAGAUCGAGCAGGACGAAGAAGAAGCUACUGCAACCGACCGUUUACUCCCUUCCCAACCAGGGGACGCAUUUGUCGCCCAGCACAACCACUCUCCCUACGCGUCAUCCAAAUCUCAACGCGCUCACUCAAAUACCAACGGUCUAUUCGAAAAUGAAGCUUUGCCGGCUGACCGUGAGUCCCGCUGGGUGACAUUCUCGCGCGCCAUCCAAUACCCCCGGGAGGCCGGCAGAGAGGAAAAACAUGUCACAGCAGACUGGAUGAACGAAAAUCACGGUGAUUACUCGCAACCAUGGCGCGGUAAGCACCUGGAGGGCGAUAGCCCGGAGUAUCCGCUACAUAGUGGAGGCCGCAGGGAGAUUUGGUUCAAGCGCUUCCACAACACACUCCUACGAAGUCCAAUAGUACCGAUGGUUCUUCGGCUGACUGUCUGGUGCUUCUCGCUCUCUGCGCUGGCUCUAGGUGGUUCAAUUCAGCACAUGGCUGACAGUUUACAUCACCCUCAAGGCCCUUCAGCUUUGAUGGCAAUUAUCGUCGACGCAGUCGCUUUGGUUUACCUCGUCUAUAUCACCUUUGACGAGUAUACAUCAAAGCCUUUGGGCUUGCGGUCACCCUCGGCCAAAGCACGGCUAAUUCUACUUGACAUUUUUUUCAUCGUCUUUGAUUCCGCCAAUCUUAGUUUGGCGUUCGCUUCUCUUUCGGAAGUGACGGGCUCCUGUACCGAAGCAGAGGUCAACCAGGAGAUCGACCCCCGCAACGACGGGAUCUGCGUGCGACAAAAAGCACUCGCAUCUGUCCUGCUAAUUGCCUUGCUGGCUUGGCUGAUGACAUUUGCGAUAAGUGUUCUCAGACUUGUUGAGAGAGUGACACAGUGA